GUGGGGGUGUGUGUGUGUGUGUGUUCGUAUUUUAGAAGUAGUGAGUUGUUCUGAAUGUGAACACUACUUGUUUUCUGCCCUUGGUCAAUCCAGCUAUUGUGAUAUGACCACAUUUAAAUGAGUAGGGGAAGUUAACUCAAGCUCUUUUUUUAAACUCAGAGGGAAGGUGACUCCUGGACAGUGAGGCUGUCUGGUUCUGCUUUGUAAGAGUAUAUUUCUAAAGAGACAAGGCAGAAACACCUUUUGUUAAUACAUCUUAUUCAUGUUUAGAUGGCUUUUUCCUUUUCUGCUUGCUGCCUUAUCUGAUGGUGCUCAGGAGAAAAGUUCUGGCUAUGAUAGUUUUUGUACCUUUGAAUUGGCAGUAUGUUUGCCUUGCCCCUCCUCUCGUCUCCUCUUCCUCUCUGAAACUAGUUUUAGAUUUUGUACUCUGCAGCUAAUGAAGUUCUGUUAAACAGCUGAAAGAAGAUAACCUCUGUGAAGAGAUCCUGAGUUUGUGUGUGAACAUUGUGUCCUUGAGGAAUUAGUCUACCAGGGCUUUUGUAGCUGUUGACACCUGCUGGGACUGUAGGAGUUUUUUCAACACAGGAGGGAGUAACUUCUGUCCAUUUAUCCAAAUCCAGUUACUGUAAGAUCAUGAGAUGUAAUCAGGAGAAUAGAUUCCCAUGUAUACUAAAAAUAAUGAAAAGAUUCCCACUAAAUUUUGGUAUGGUUGGUUCAGGCUUUUAAAGAUUCUAUUCCUAAAAUUAUAACACUUCCCCCCCCCCCCCAACCAUUUCUUAUUCUUUUCUCCUCCACCCUUAGGAUGAGAAGGAGAUGACUCCUGAAUGAAUGGGAUGAUAAAGUCUAAAUGUUCAGACAAAUGCAGUUGUAUUGCAUUGAAACUUUACAAAACGUGGUAGCUAUUACUAUAAGCAAACCUAUAUUUCUCUUUGCAGUCUGCCUUGCCACGUUAAGCCACAGAUAAUCACUUUGGCCUUUAACCAUUAAUGUUUGAAUUAUCACAAAGGUGUUCUUGUCUUGUCAUGGUCCAUCAUAAGUAUGAAGAAUGGUAGCUACUUCAUCUCCAUUCAUACUAACUGAAAUGGUUGUCUCUAGUUCACUUGUUCAGAAAUAUCUGUUGUAGGCUCUCGGUGAGCUGUUUUUGGCUGCCUCUUAUUUAAAAUGACUGUUCUGCAUCCCACUACUGUUGGAAUAACUGGCCACAUAUAUGGAGUACAUUUGGGACCCCUGUUCUUAUUUUUCUACAUAACUUUCCUCCAAAUUUCUGGUGGGUUGUAUGUAAUGUAAGUCCUAAAAAAGGGUGCUCUAACAAAAAGCUCUAUUUCUGUCUUGAGUUCUGACCUGCCCAGCAAACAUAUAAAAUAAAUUGGUAGUGUGGCUCAAGAAGUGCUUGACUGAAAUUUCAGAUUACAUUAGAAGUCACCUGUUAGUAUUGAGUAAUGUCUGGAUGAAAUAGAAUUUUACAGUUAUAAUCAAGUUCCAUAUGAAAUAAAUAUUAAUUGAUGUUCUGAUUACUCGGCUUCCUUAGAAAAGCUUAACUUCUUUCUAAUGGAUUUUGCCCAGGUUAGGCAAGGGUGAUAAGAUGACUGUCACUCUGUAUUCUUUGGCUUUCUAUUAAUUGGAAGGCUGUAUUAUAAAUGGCUUCAAGUACACAAUUCUCUCCCUCCCUCGGCCCUAAGAGUGACAUGAUAUUUGAAACACUGUUAGAAUUUCACGUAAUGAUGAAGUUUCUUUGAACAAACUUGUUCUGAAGCUUUCUUUUCUGCCAGGGGGUGUGAGUUAUAGUGAAGAUUUAAGUAGGGAGGGAAUAACAAAUUUGCAAUCAUGCUCCAAACUAAGGAGUAUUGAAGUAUUUUUUCCGUUCUAAGUAAAGGUAUGAAAUGUAGUGGUUUGAAUAACUGUCUUAUGUUGUAAUGGUGUGGUAUGCACUAGUAUCUAUAUCUGUAGAGAAAGGAUUCCUGGAUCUUAUGCUGUCUUUGGUUGUAUAUAACAUAUUGAAAAGUCUGUGUAUAGUACAAGACUAAGUAAAAUCAACAAUCAAUGCUAUGUGAUUGUGUUCUAACUAUGGAGCUACUAUGCUCUGUAGCACAUCCUUGUAACUUUGACUGGGGCAUUUACUCAUGCAUGCUACCUCAUGGUGUGCAGCUGGCAUACAGGCAGGGUAGAGAAAGGAGAUUAUAGGUACUCUCAGGCCCUUGGUUAACACAAGCGUUUCAGUGUAAUGCAUUUAUCCUGGAAAACAAAUCACUGGAUAGUGCAGAAACGCUUAAACUCCCUGUUGUUUUUCCAGGCCAUUCAAACACUAGUAAGUUAACAAAAAUACUGAAGAAUUGCCAGUAGAAAAAUGCUGCAGGAAUUCUUUUAUGUUUUUAAAUAUCAUUAUGCUUCAGUCCUGAAGUAAAUUAUUCCUGUUCUUCUUUAGUACAGGGAACUUGACUGUCUGCUAGUUCAUAGGCUGUCACCAAUGAGUUGUAUUUCAAAGUGUUAUAAAUAAGCCACUAUGGCCAAAGCUUCUUAAUACAACUUGCAAGCAAAAUAUAUCAAGAAGGACAAAUCUACAGUUUAUAAUAAGUGAUAGCGGAAACUGAGAGUAUUUUCAAAUGCUAUAGGUAAUAGCAGGCUAUUCCACAGCUUACACACCUCAAAACUUGACUUAAUGUACAUUCUCAUUUUGAAUAUAGCUUUAGUGGUAAUACUUGGUGAUUUAAGGUUUUGAUGCAGUUUAUUAUAUUCUUAUCUAGAAAAGAUGAUCUGGCAGAGAUCUCCUGAUUAGUCUUUAUUAGAAUGCAAAUUAAUUUUAAUUUAGCCAUGUUUCUGGGAGGAGAAGAAUGAGAGGGAGAGUAACAGUUCUGUAAGAUGUGAUAGCUUUGGUCAGUCUCUCAGGUCCUUCUUGGUACAGAUGGAGAACUGUUUUUAUUUCUACUUUAUUCUUUAAAAAGCAUUUAUUCUUCUGUGGUGAGGUUAAGCAUGAUUCACAUAUCACACUUCAGCUUUCCUGAACCUAACCUCUCUGUAACAAAUCCUUUCCAUGCCAUUAACCGUAAUGCUUUUUGUUUGGGCUUGUAUGUAGUUGUGAGGUUUAGUUGUCUUCCUCUGUUUUUCCUGCGAAGGGGAAUAUCAGAAAAAAGUCACGUAUUCUACAGUUUACUAUUUGUUCACUUAUUACAGAGCAGGAUUCCUUUACCUCUGUGUUUGAUCAGUUAAAAUUUUAAAGCUAGUUACUCCUGUAAUUCUAAGUAACUGUUCUGCACUGUGGUAUAUAUGACAUGCUAAAUGUCUAAAAAUGCAGUCAUUCCUGACAACAUCACUUGGAGGGAAACAAUGCUAUUGUGGCUCUAGAACUCUAAUCAGAGAAAAGAGGAAACCAUGUAGUCUUACAGAAGAAGAGGUAUCAGAGUUCAGUCUGAAAUGGCUCUGUGCCUUUCUUAUCUUCAUAUCCAUGUGUGCUGUCUGGGAACUUUAUAACCUGAUACUUCUUAUCACUUGGUGCAAAACGGACAUGGCUCUUCCAGAAGGCAGACCUACUUGCCUGAUGGAGCUGCCUGGCCUUGCUUUUGCUGUUUGGAUGUUUAUUUGCUUCUAUGCAUCUGUGGAUAGCUAUCCAAGUGGCAAAAUAAGAGAAGCCUGCACUAGCAUGAUACCCUGUCAUGGUAGCUCUCCACAACUGUCACCUGAGCACACCAUUACAGUGAAUGGGACUGAAUUUAAACCAGGGGACAACAUAGAAGUUCAUCUGUCUGGACCAGAUUUUGAAGGGUUUUUCAUACAAGCCCGGGAUGCAGAACACCUGGAUAGCCCUGCAGUUGGUUCCUUCAUGUUAGUUGACCGGAAACUUUCUCAGCUUCUGACAUGUGGCCGUAUCAAGAAUUCAGCUGUCAGUCACACAAGUAAAGCAAAAAAGAAAUACAUAAAAGUUUAUUGGAUUGCUCCUGGAGAUGCACCAAAACGUGUACAGUUUCUAGCCACAGUUGUGAAGAAAUACAAGCUUUUCUGGGUGAAGAUUCCUGGUCCCGUUGUUUCUCAGCCUAAUGUACUGUCCCCAACAACACCCUUGCAUGCAACAUCAGAGGCUAUAUCAACUUCACACUCGGUUUCCUACUUAUCAAAGCCAUUUAAUGCAUCAGGUUGUGGAAGUAUGAAGUUCUGCAUUAGGAACCCUUCAAACUGUGAUCCUGAAAGUGCUUCCUGUUUUUUUCUAUCCUUCCAAGAAGAGAAGAGUUCAGUAUUUAUUGAAAUGAGUGGUCCAAGUGAAGGAUAUUUAGCAUUUGCAUUGUCCCAUGACCAGUGGAUGGGUGGUGAUGACGCAUAUCUGUGCGUUAAUGAGGACCACCGUGUUCACGUAAGCACUGCCUAUCUGAAAGGGCGAAGUCCUCCUGUUUUGGAUUCAGAGAAUGUGCUUGAAGAUGUGUCAUGGAGGCUUGUGGAUGGUAUUCUUCAAUGUUCCUUCAGAAGGAGUAUUAGUCUUCCUGCUUACAAAGGGAGGUUUAAUCUGAAUGCUAGUUACUACAUCUUUCUGGCAGAUGGGGAAGCUAGUGAAGGUGGACUAAUAUACAAACAUCGUCAUCAGCCUCUGAUCACCAAUGGAGUAUACAAUGUCACAGACCUUCCUCAGGAUAUUGGAGGUUCCAGGUCCCCGCAACUUAUCAAGGCUCAUGUACUGGACACUAAAGCAGGAGCACUAAUGUUUGUUGCUUGGAUUACCACAGUUAGUAUUGGUGUUAUUGUUGCACGAUUCUUCAAACCUGUCUGGUCUCGUUCAUUCCUGUUUGGAAAGGAGAUGUGGUUUCAGGUGCAUCGUAUGCUCAUGUUGACCACAGUCAUGCUUACAAGCAUUUCUUUUGUGUUGCCUUUUAUAUACCGAGGAGGUUGGAGCCAACAAGCAGGUUUUCAUCCCUAUCUCGGCUGUACCGUGAUGGCUCUGACAAUCUUUCAACCACUUAUGGCAGGUUUCAGACCAUCUCGUCAUGCACCAAGGAGGCAAUUGUUUAACUGGUUUCACUGGAGUACUGGUACAACAGCUAGAAUACUAGCUGUGGUGACUAUGUUCUUGGGAAUGGAUCUACCAGCACUUGACCUGCCAGACCCAUGGGACACAUAUACAAUGAUUGGUUUUGUAGCUUGGCAUGUCGGUAUUGAGAUUCUUCUGGAAAUACACAGCUACUGUCUCGUACGUAAAGUUGAAGUGAUAGAGGAUGACAGAGUACAGAUACUGCAGUCACUCACAUCUGCAGAAGCAGAGGGUCGUCUGUUCAAACACGUUGUGUUAACCAUCUAUGUCUCUGGAAAUAUAGUAUUCCUCAUUGCCUUCCUGGCAGCAAUCAACCACAUAUGAAAUAAGUCAUUGAGAAUUUUGUGAUGAAAUAUUGUGCAGUUGAAAAACCUGCAAGGAAUGCUUUCUAUUACAGCUUUUCCCUCAACACCUCCCUGAAGAUGUAAUUGAAGAAUAAUAGUACAUGUGCAUCAUGCUUGGUGUUAGGGAGAACUUGAAUUCAAAUCUAUAGAAGGAUGCUGCCGUUCUGCAAAAGCUGCCUUCUGAUGGGACUUUUAAUGAGAGUCUUUGCCUGAGUAAGGAAUGAAGUCUCUAUUUUUUAAGUGCAGUAAUUAACUUGAUUGAAGCUUAUAGCUUAAGAAGACUGAGAAGAUGUGCUGAAAAUGCUGUUUUGAUAGUCAGUUCCCUAAACCUUUUGUGAAUAUUAUUGGGAAAACUGGAAAGAUUGAUCCGGAAUCCAUCAUAUCUGUUCACUUUACUGUGUUCUAAUGGCAUGUGAUGUGACAACUUCCUGCUCAUGACAGUUUUGUGCAUUAAAAAAAAAAUAGGAGUGAGAAACUGUCCCAAAUGCAGGUUGAUGCAUGAGUCAAAUGCAGUUGUCUGUCUUUGCAGUUAAAUGCAAAAAAUAUUCUCUUUGCUCUAAGAGCAGUACACUUACAGAAGCAUAUGAGUUUGGGAACUUCACUCCUUUAUUGCCUCACCUAAAAUACUGUUCUGUCCCAUCCCCCUCAGUGCUUCUAAACCAUUAAGAGAAAACAUGUUUGCAAUGUAAGUGCAUUAAAACUAGUUGUACUUAGCCAAAACUCAAACAGGAAGAACCUAUCUGUGUGUGUGGAUUUCUGUGUUUUUCUGUCUUUGGUUGCUUGUGGCUUCUGAAUUACUUUUCUGUGUGAAUAAGAUGGAUUUAUGCCACUUGAUGCUUAAAUGAAAAUAUUUGCUCAAGAAUGUUGCAGUUGUAUUUGCACUAUUGAGCGAACUGUAGAUUAGGAGCUGAUUUGACUUCAGGAAAAGCAGCUUCUGCUAAUAUUAAGUGAGGGUCCUUUGAGCUGGCAUAUCUAGGAGACAGAACUGUCUUCAUAAGAAUAUGGGAGGGUGUUUUUUUAGUCAAAAGAUUUAUCUAAAUAUAUGAACUAGGUACAGGGAAUGGAAAAAGACUAUAUUGUUUAACUUUUGGUUCAUGAUUUGUCUAAGUAUGGAAGGACACUCUUGAAAUGGCAUCUCAGAAAUGAACCCUUAAUAUGCCAUGCAGUACAGUGCUUUGCAUUUGGGUUUUUUUCAGCUCUGAAAGUUUGCUUCCACAGUUCUUCAUUUUUGAUACUGGGAAGUAUUGAUUUUUAGUUGUAAUGCUUCAAAAUAUAUCUUCAGCCUAGGGCUACUAAGCUAGCUGGGAAUAAAGGUGUUGGAGUAUUGGAUAGAAUAGUAAAUAGUGAGGCCUGGCUUGGUGUAGACUAUUACAGCAACAUCUCUCUAGUACCUGAUGGCCAGCUCUAAAAUACUUGUAUGUGUGGGCCAGGUAGUCAUUCUCUCCAUUUACUAAAGCUGUCUAUUUCUGUCUCUUCCUCCAUCUCCCCAAAUCCACAGUGCAGCCUGUUGCAGGGACAAGUCCUAUUCAGAAAGCUGCAAGUUUGUGUUUGUAGUCAGUGUUAAUUUUCUUGGCUGCUCAAGUAACUGGUUUAGGCAUAAGCACUGGGAUUAAUCCCUUCGUCAUCAUCAGCAGACUGCGAGUGAGUGUAAGCUGAAUCGUCCCCCUUCUUCCUGGAAGCUGGAAAAGUCAUGUGCAAAUUGAGAAAGGGGGACUAUGAAGAAAUAUGGCAAAACACAGGCUGAAGUGUAAGAGGCAUAUGGCUAAUUGUGUGGGUUUGUCUUUUUUGUUUGUUUGUUUUUUGAGAACUCUGAUCUCAAGAGCCUGGGAAUCACAGGCCCACAUAGUACUGAAGUUUUGGGGGACUCUUUCGUAUGCCAUGAGUUUAUAGAAGAAAAUCUCUUGACCUAGGCAUGAUUGAUGGCUUUUAAAAUUAAGGUCAAUGCUGGAUUCUUUCUGUAAUACAGUAGCUGUACUGUGUGUUGUUUCAUUUGCAUGGACAAUGAACACAGGGUUUUUAAAAUGUGAAUGUAAAUGUCUUAAUAAAAGGUUUUUUCCCUUUUAGUAAGAUGAAAACACCAUAAAACAGAAACUAGAAAAGAAUAGUCUUGCCUAGCAGCAAAAUGGAUUGUCUGUUUUCUUUGUAGAUGUUGUUUUAUAAAUUAAAGCUAUCUAAAUGCUUCCUA